ACAUAUUAUUUUAUUUGAUAUAAAAAUACAAAUAAAAUGAGAAGAAAGAUUGACUAAGCAAAUUAAAAUGAAAUGAAUAUAUUAAAAAAAAAAUAAAUGAAAAAGAAGAGUCUGAAUGAAUAAUAACGAAAUUCUUGACCGUGAAGGGGUUUUCGAUUAAAUCCACCUCCACUCUCCUCCUCCUUUAUCCCCCUGACUCACUCCUCCACGGCUCUUCCGCCGCCCACCGCCGCCGCAAAUACCAGUUUUCGGUCAUCGGCUGUAUUAAGUCUUCAAAAUUAAACACAUCUGUCAAAUAUUGAGAAUUAAAAAAAAAUUUGGACAUUUUUUCUUCAACAGCCCUACAUCUCGAUUCCCCGGUUUUCAAAUCGACGCCACUACUCAUCCUCCGCCUCCUCCGCCGCCGCUCGACGCCGUCUGCAAUCCAAUCUCUUAGUCAUACCUACUUGUCGAUGUGACCAAAUAUUGAUUUGUAUUUGCGAAUCCAAUCUAUAAAUAAUCCCCUAUUUUUUUCAUUUAAGCAUUUGGCGCACCUUAAAAGGAAGUAUACCGCCGCAUCGAAGAAGGUCAAACCCUAUUUCUUGUCUGUACUUGUGUUCAUUUGUUAAGCGAUUCUCGCAAUGCAUCGAGUUGGUAGUGCAGGGAACACAUCUAAUUCAGUUCGAGCUCGCAAAGAAAAGAGGUUGACAUAUGUAUUAAACGAUGCAGAUGAUACAAAGCAUUGUGCUGGCAUAAACUGCUUGGCUGCAUUUACGUCGACUGAACCAGAUGGGUGUAACUACCUCUUCACUGGUAGCCGUGAUGCCACAUUAAAGAGAUGGGCGUUAUCCGAAGACUCUGCUUCUUUCUCUGCUACUUUCGAGUCUCAUGUCGACUGGGUCAACGAUGCCGUUAUGGCAAAUGGAAACACAUUAGUUUCUUGUUCCUCAGAUGCCACGAUUAAGGUAUGGAAUUCCCUAUCUGAUGGAGUAUGUGCCAGGACGUUUCAUCAGCACUCUGACUAUGUCACAUGCCUUGCUGCAGCAGAGAAAAACAGCAAUGUCAUUGCAUCUGGUGGGCUCGGUGGGGAGGUGUUCGUAUGGGAUAUCGAAGCUGCGCUUUCUCCUGUAGCCAAAUCAAAUGAUGCCGAUGUAGACGAUUGUUCCACUAGUAGUAAUGGUUUGGGUCCUUUGCCGAAUACAAGUCUCAGGCCUAUCAGCUCAAGCAAUAAUAUCUCUGUGCAUGCCACUCAAAAUCAAGGCUAUGUUCCGAUUGCUGCAAAAGGGCAUAAAGAGUCGGUUUAUGCAUUGGCCACUAAUGAUCAGGGAACAGUUCUCGUUUCAGGUGGAACUGAGAAGGUUAUCCGUGUUUGGGACCCGAGAACUGGUUCGAAAAGCAUGAAGCUUAGAGGGCACACGGAUAAUAUUAGGGCAUUACUUGUGGAUCCUAGUGGCAGAUAUUGCAUUUCUGGAUCUUCUGAUUCUAUGAUCAGGUAUUGGGAUCUUUCGAUGCAGCGAUGCAUUCAUUCCUACGCAGUGCACACCGACUCCGUGUGGUCUCUUGCCAGCACUCCGUCAUUUAGCCAUGUUUAUAGUGGUGGAAGGGAUCAUUCCUUGUAUUUGACAGACUUGAACUCAAGAGAAAGUGUAUUGCUAUGUAGAGAAGAACAUCCUAUAUUGCAAUUAGCAUUAGAUAACGAUGGUAUAUGGCUGGCCACAACAGAUUCUUCUGUACAUAGAUAUCCAGCUGAAGCACGCGAUCCCGUCAAAGUAUUCCAAAGAGGUGGUUCGUUUUAUGCUGGCAACUUGUCGUUUUCAAGGGCCAGGGUUUCACUAGAAGGUUCCACACCUGUUCCCGUUUAUAAAGAAGCAUCUUUGAGCAUUAGUGGAACUCCGGCUAUAGUGCAGCACGAGAUUUUGAAUAAUAGAAGACACGUCCUGACUAAGGACACUGCUGGUAUAGUGAAGUUGUGGGAAAUAACAAGAGGUGUCGUUAUCGAAAAUUAUGGAGAGGUUCCGUUUGAGAAGAAGAAAGAAGAAUUGAUUGAGAUGGUGAGUAUUCCUGCUUGGUUCACGAUAGAUACGAGGCUCGGGAGUUUGUCGGUGCAUUUAGACACUCCACAGUGCUUUUCUGCUGAAAUGUACUCUGCUGAUCUUUCCAUUGUGGGGAAACCUGAGGAUGACAAGGUUAAUCUUGCGAGAGAAACCCUCAAAGGACUAUUGUCGCAUUGGUUAGCUAAAAGAAGGCAGAGAUUUGGAUCACAACCUUCAUCAAACGGAGAAAUACCAUCCGGAAAUGAAAUAUCCACGAGGACUUUGACCCUAUCUCGAGUAGAGGGAGAUGCUAAUUUGGAAAAUGAUUCCUCGGUAUAUCCCCCCUUUGAAUUUCCGGUGACUUCUCCUCCUUCGGUUGUUACUGAAGGCUCUCAGGGCGGUCCAUGGAGAAAGAAAACUACCGAUCUUGAUGGAACUGAAGACGAGAAAGAUUUCCCGUGGUGGGUUCUUGAUUGUGUGCUCAAUAAUCGCCUGCCUCCCAGAGAAAACACCAAAUGUAGCUUCUAUUUGCACCCAUGUGAAGGUUCUGCUGUACAGAUCCUUACACAAGGAAAACUCAGUGCUCCUCGCAUUUUGAGAAUACAUAAAGUUGUUAACUAUGUGAUAGAAAAGAUGGUUCUUGAUAAGAGUUUGGCUAGUGCGAGUGCGGAUGGAACUUUGGCUCCUAGUAUUCUUGGAGGACCGGGCCCACUUCCACUCGUUGGAGAUUCUUCUCUUCGUUCAGGACUCAGACCUUGGCAAAGACUCAAGCCUUCUAUUGAAAUCCUAUGUAAUAACCAGGUAUUACUUCCAGAUAUGAGCUUAGCCACUGUGAGGGCGUACAUUUGGAAGAAACCCGAAGACCUUAUCCUUAACUACAGAGUGGUGCAGAACAGGAGCUGAUUAAAUUUCUCGUUUCUCGUUGUCUAUGUAAAUACUCGGAAAUACCUGAAAAAAUAAGUUGUUAUAAUAUCUGUAGAAAUGAGAGAGUUGCUAAUCAGAGGAUAUGAUGCUCUCAUUAUAGGGGUUUGUAAUCUGGAGGGAUUUUUUUGAAAGAGUGACUAAUCUCAGAGGAUGGGGUUUGUAUUUAACAAAAAUACAAUAGUGAAGGUGGAUUUUUUUUUUUGGUAAAUUACGGUCACCCUCUAAGAUAAAGAUUAAAUUACGAAAAGACCCCCUCCUGUUUGGGUAAUAAAACCACCUCUUCACUUGUGUAUUGUUUUAUACGUCCACUCUUACUGUGUUAAAUUUACCAUCUGAAGGAGGGGUUUUUUUGUGAGAAAAUAUAUAGUUGAAGGAUGUAGUUGUAAUUAUCCAAAUAAUAAGGGGUUCUUUGUAAUUUGACCUAACCUUAGGGGGUUGGCUGUAAUUUGCUGUUUUUUAAAGAAAUAAUAGCCCUUCAUGAAUUGACUUUAAUUAACUAAUUAAGUUAAUUAAUUGGUGUCUUUUGUUAUUUAAA